UAACGACGACGUGACAUCUCGGACCCUCAAGAGAAUAAUCUCCCGACAGAAACAGACGUCAGCUAAGAACAACGUGAUAUCGCCGGCCAUCUGUGACCGGCAGCAUCGAUCGAUCGGCAAGAGCCAAGAGGGGCAGAGCGCUAACGGAGUCGGAGAGAAUCUGUUAGACUCUCGUUAAUCCAGGAGCUAGCCACUAGUCCAAAACAAUCAGCAGUGGCGGACUAAUUAUAUGUAGAAGAAGAAGAGAACCCCCUUGCCACUGUCCGCAAGCAAGCCUUCCAGGCAGAGGCAGGGACCUUGGAGCUCGGCUUGCUCCUGACUCCCCCGCUCUUCCCCUCCCUGAACCCUGGCUCCCCGUGCCGGCGGCGCUAAUUCGAUUUCUUCCCUGGCGCCCUCUUCGUCAUCUUGAGUUGUUUCCGCUUCGAAUCCAAUAUACGGACGGACGGCUUCGAAUCCAAUAUGGGGAGAUCUAGAGACAGAGGGCUGGACAGAUAGAUAGAUUAAAGGGCGCAUGCACCCAAAAACUCGCGCCACGCAGAGGCAGUUUGGGGGAGCAGAGGUCGGCCGACCACCUUUGUGAGUUGUAACCUCGAUACCAGGUUCAUGGGGAUGCUAUCGCUAAACCGUCUCUUGGUCAAGGAGGAGCGGAGGCGUCGCCGCCGAAUCCAAGCGCGCAAUGGAUCUAUUACUCGAGUGCCACGGAAGAACUCACUCUGCCAAGAAAGUGGCCAUUCUCAGGGUGGUGAAAUAUCCACAUAUUCGGGGCCAAACCUUCCUGAGGAUAUCUGGUGCCAUAUACACUCCCUAAUGCCACUGCGUGAUUCUGCCCGUUCUCCCUGUGUAUCUAGUAAUUUUUUAUGUUCUUGGAGAUGCCGCCCCAAGCUCACCUUCACCGAGGAAACACUAGGCUUGAAACAAAAUGCUUAUCGAAAGAGUGACAGAACGAAGAAAUUCACUAGCAGAGUCGAUCACAUUCUGAAAAAUCGCUCAGGCGUCGGCGUGAAGUCACUCAAGAUUGCAAUUGAUGACCAUCUUAAUGUGGACACGUGUCAUUUUAAUAGUUGGCUUCAGAAUUUCAUUACACCAGGGAUUGAAGAAGUAAUCCUUUUCCCACCUAGUACAAAGAAUAAGCCAGAUUACAACUUCCCUUGCUCACUUUUAUUUGAUGGACGUGGAAACUCCAUUCGAUAUCUUUACCUCAAUGAUUGUGCCUUCCGCCCCCUGGUUGGAUUUAACUGCUUGAGGAGUCUGACAAAGCUGCGUCUGAAUCAUGUGCUUGUCACGGGGGAGGAAUUAGAGUGUCUUAUUUCUAGGUCUUUUGGUUUGGAGCAGUUGGAACUCUGCUCGUGCAUGGAGAUAAUCUGCCUGAAGAUACCAUUCUGGCUAGAUCGGCUCAGCUCGUUGACUGUGUCUUCAUGUGACAAGCUGCAAGUGAUUGAGAGCAGAGCUCCUAACCUCUCCACUAUUGAGUUGUACAUUGACCCUGUACAACUCUUACUUGGAGAAUCAUCACGAGUUAAGAACCUAGAUCUGGAAUUUAUACGGGAGGUCAACUGCGUCAGUUACGCUAUUAACAAGCUUCCUUCAAUUGUACCACAUCUUGAAAUUCUGACCUUACAUUCUGGUCGUGAGAGGGUUAACACACCAAUGGUAGCAAACAAAUUCCUCCACCUCAAGUACUUGGAUAUUAGUCUUGCUGAUGAUGAUGUUGAUGAGACUGCUUUCGGAGCCUAUGAUUAUUUGUCCUUGGUUUCGUUUCUAGAUGCUUCUCCUGUCUUGGACACUUUCAUCUUGAGUGUGGAUCAGCUAAGCAUGCAUCAUGAUUCAGUUACUGGGGAUGACGCCUCAUAUCUGAGGCAGAUUCCUGAACACAAGCAUGACAGGCUCAAGAAGGUGCAGAUCAAUGGCUUCCGCUCUGCAAAGAGCAUGGUUGAGUUAACAUGUCAUAUUCUCGAGAAUUCAUCAGCACUUGAAAAUCUUACACUGGACAGCAUAUUUAGUCAGCUGGAGGAUGCCGACGAUAUUUACAACAUGGAUCUUCUGCAACUGGCUGACUUCACGGCGCUGCUCAGAAAGCGUCUACAGAGUCGUGGUGGCCUCCCUAAGCCUCCUUUGGAUUGUGGAAUAACAAAAACACGUGGGUGA